UGUAAUACAAAUAAAAAAUAUAUAUCAAGCACAUACCUAUUCCUAAUAAAUCCCGAUAAUAGACCUAAAGAACUUAAGUAAAAACAGAAUAGCUCUACCAUAAUGAUAAGAGAGCACUUUGGUCCCGCAAGCAUAAAUUACAAAUAAACCGAUCAAGUGAUUAGAAAUAAAAAUAUCACUGCAAAGCAAUGCUUUUUAUGACCACCAAAACCAAUAAAAAUAAUCACCUUUUAAAUUAAAGUACCUAUCAUAUUUAAAGUGCAAAUAAUCAUUAAACGUACCUUUAUUUUUAGUUUUAAUCGGCAAUCACACACUCAUUAACAAGGUCUUGUAACUUUUUUUCGGAGUCGACACAAAACUUUUGGUUUUCUACCAUCACAAACACUCUACCCCUAGAAGUCCAGCACAAGUUUUUAUAUUUAUUUCUCGCGAUUUUAAAAAUUUUACCCAUCUCAGGUGUUUGUACACUGUUCUGUGUACACUGUUCUGAUGCAUUCCCAUCCCACGCGACUCGACGCCAUCCGACAUGGUACGAAUCCCCUCUUGCCUGAUUUUCAUCAUAUGAUAUCAUGUCGCGUAGCACCGCGUAGUAAGUUGUAGUAGGCAGUGUGCACGCGAAGGUGGCAUCAUAUCGAUAAAAUGGCGGCAAAAAUUGAUGAAAUUUUACUAAUUGAGUUAGUUCGAAAGCACGAGUGUCUUUAUAAUAUGAACAGCAAGCACUAUAGAGACCAGAAUAUGAUAGGAGAAGCUUGGGAGGAAAUUGCUCAGGAAAUUAACAUAGCAGCGGAUGCUUUAAAAACAGCUUGGAAUAAGUUAAGGAACUGUUUUUUCAAUGCCCAAAAAAGGCGUAAAACAAAAAGUGGACAAGCUUCCACUAAACUUGCAAAAUGGAAGUUCGAAAAGGAAAUGGAAUUUCUCUUGCCGUAUUUGGAAACUCGGCAAAGGCAAACAAAUUUAAUUGAAGAAGUCCAAGAAUUAAAUGACGAAGAUGAUGAGGAGGUAGUUCACGAAACGACGGAAUCUCAAGAUGAACAGGAAUUAAGUGUUAACAAUUCGACCCUUUCUCGCAAUUCUGAUGACUUCUGGUAGUAAAGAAACAAACAUCAACUUCAUCUAAACAAUUGGUGAACAUAAUGAAAGAGAAUGCUGAGCUUCGAAGGUCUAGGUACAAAAAUGUACCAAAACCUGAAGGAUAUCAAUCUACGUUGGAUGAAAUUGAUAUGUUCUUUCUGAGCAUGGCUAAGACCGUUAAACGCCGUCUCCAAUAGAUCAAGCAACUAUCAGAAUGAAUAUGUGUACUAUGAUUUCUGAAGCAGACAUUAGACAAAUGAGGAGUCAGGAAGGGCCCCAAACAUAUCAGACAGCCAUACCAUUAACCAGUUCUUCUUUAUUCACUUCUUCUGCAUCUACAUCAAACCAGGCAUUUUUACUAACUAAUUACCAUAAUAAUUAUGAUCAGAUAGAACACCCGGCUGAAGAUGCUCACAUGUAGUACACAACUUUACAUUCAGCACACAAACAUUCAACGAGAUCCCUCUACCUGAAAUCCCUACGUUCGUUCUUUAUCCUUACGUUACGUUCUUUUAAUAGAGAACAUAUUUGAUAUAUUUAAAGUUCGGUGUUUUUAGGAUUAAUUUUCUUUUUUUAUAUAGU